AUGCUACUGAAUACAGAGACCAAAGCUCCUCCGCGGCGGAAGUCCUGCGAGGCAUGCAAAAUAGCCAAGCGGCGCUGCGACUUGGCAGUUCCAGCAUGCUCGAGGUGUAUGCAAAGGAAUAUCCCAUGCAUGUACCCCGGCAGACUGCCCCAGUCUUACUCUGAGAUAAUGGAUACCACUCCCAUCGUGGAUAAUUAUGAAUCUUUUGAUGAUACUACGGCUCUGUACCCCUCUGAUGCCGAUCUUAUGGCGGCGAUCAACAUUGGUCCACUCCAUCCGGUCGUGGUCCAUUCGCCAUUUCGUUAUAUCACUAUACUCCCUCCAGAUCAACGCGUCGAUUUGUACGAACACUAUCCACCAUUGAAUGGAUUUGAACUGGCUAUGCCACGAACGAACCCACCAAAGCCCCUGUCUGGUGUCUUUGCCAGCCGCAUUCAAUUUGCGGUUGAUGUGCUCAAAGAUAUUCCCAAAAUGAUGGUUACGGAGACACAAGCCCCAUGGUGUCAUCGCCAGCUUUAUAAAAAUAAUAUGCCAAAAGAGAUGCAAGAUGCAUUUACCUGUUGUUCUCUCUACAUGACCAAGAACGAAAUAAACGCACCAGUGCUUAUGUCAAUAUUCGACUCCCGAAUAAAUGAUCUCUUAUCAUCGUCACAACCUACAAAGCCUCUAGAGCUCCUCGCUCGAAUCCACGCCCUUAUCCUAUACCUAAUAAUGCGUCUAUUUGACGGAAACACACGAUCCCAACCAUCGUCGCAAUGCCUAUUCGAUGUAUUAGAAACAUCUGUACAGUCUCUCCUAAGCUGUAUCCAUCUACCGCACCCAUCAGAAACAUUGGAAUUACUUCCCAUAUCCAUGGACCCGGUAAUGAAUUUUUGGAACUCAUGGAUCUUCCAAGAAUCAGCUCGACGCACUGUGAUGAUGGUGUUCUAUUUUGUGUCUAUACAUAACUUCGUGCAAGGUAGACCUGCACCAGUCUGUGAUGGAAAGCUAGGACUUGAACUUGCGUGGUAUCAAUCUGCGCAUUUGUGGAACGCGCAGAGUGCGUUUGAUUUUGCAGUUGCCUGGACCGAGAAUCUGCAUUUUAUCGUUUAUAACGCGGACUUUUCGGGUCUGCUUCAGGAUGCGAAGCCUGAUGACGUCGAUUUAUUUGGGAGGAUGUUACUUGUUACGAAAAUCGGUAUUGAUGAGACUAAGGCUUGGUUUUAUUCACGGGGUGGGUCGCUAUAG